AUGGAAUACGCAGCUGCGCCUUCAGCGGGUGCAACCCUGACUCUCGACCUCAUCCUUCGGCCUUCGCCACGUAGUUUGAACUUUACGACCCAUGCCCCACCAACCGACUUUCAUCCCAGAACGGACAUGGUUUCUGUGCGGGCACCUUACCGCUGUAUCGUGCCGCUCUUACAGCUUAUUUUCCUGAUCGCUACGCUACCGACGUGUGUCGACGGUCUCCCCACGCCGACGAACGUGCAGCCGAGUGCUCAAAGCGCAACAACCACCAGCUCUCCAACGCCUCGGUCGGGUGACGGGACGGCGAACCCGCUUGGGGCGCUCGCUAGGCAAUGGCAAAACCCAAGUGAUCUGUCGAGCGUGCUGAUGAUCAUCGGCGGAGACAUCGUUCAGAAAGCCGUCGCCCAGCUCCGCGGCCGACACAUCGCGCCAGUCGCUUUCAGCUUCGGCUUCGUCUCCUACUCCUUCACCUCGCUCCUCUCAGCCAUCGGCGACGGCCGGCUGAUGCCCAUGUCCGACUGCCCAUCGCUGCUCACGAACCUCAGCUCGGGCUACUCGCGCACCAACAACUCGUGGGUCCUCGGGCGCAUCCUGCGCGACAUCGAGAAGCGGCACGCGGGCAGCAAGGCGUCGCUGCACAUCUCCAUCUACCGCACGACGCAGGCGGGCGGGCGGCCGGCGCGGGACCGGCUGUGGUGGACGGGGGCGGCGGUGCUCGCGGGGCAGCUGGGCGUGGCGUGCGUGCCGUGGGCGCUCGACGGCGACUGGCUGAUCGCGGCGCUGACGGUGGCGGGCACGGCGCUGGCGCUGGCGGGCAGCGCGCUGCCGCAGUGGGCCGAGGAGAAGUGGGCCUGCCGCACCGCGCCCCGCGGCCGCUACUGCCUCACCCGCGGCAACGGCCACCAGCACGCCGUCGUCGUGCUCAGCGGCCACGCCGACAGCCUGAACCUCGAGGACCUGGCCACCGCAAGGGGCCAUCCCGUCCACCACACCCGCCUGCUGCUGGGCGUCUUGGCCGUCUGCUGGAUUGCCUUUUUGCUGUGCGUCGCCGGCCUCGAGGAGAAUACGUGGUACCUCCUUGGCGUGGGCUUUCUGGGCAUGGUGCAGAACGUAACGGCUGCGGGCAAGGCGAGGGAUCCGAGCGCAAUGGGGGUUCCGAUGGAGAGCGUCGAUGAGAUCUGCGACGGGAGGGUCAUGGAAGUGCUGCAAAAGACUGAGAAGAAAUACCCCAAGGUUGGCCUCUCGCUCUUGCCCAUUUUCUUUCCUGGGGAGCUUCGUCCGGACGAGAGAGAGUUCUUCGACGAGAUGAAGGCAACGGCCAAGGAACGACUCAAGGCGGCGGAGAAGGAGACAAGGCCACCGCCACCCCCGGCACCGACGCCGCUGUCGAGUGGAAGCUCCUCAGGCACGCUCACGCCGUCAUUUUCGAGGAACUUGCCGGAGAAAGAGCGACCGUGA